AAGUGAGAGAGUAAAAUAGUAAACAAAGUGAGUGAGAAACUAACGAAAAAGUGAGAGAGGAAAUUGUUAUUAAAACGAAGAGAAAUUUUCAUUUACCUAUCAGUCUAAAAGUAAUCAAAGAAAAAGAAACAACAUUUAUAUAUGUUUACCUUAAUUAACUUUCACUCUUAACUGUUGAUUAUUUAUUUUUAUUUUAUUCUUUUGUUUUUCAUUUACCGUUACACUUUUUUUUUUUUUUGUUCUUUUUUGUUCUCUCUCAAAUUCUAUUCUCUUCUAUCAAAUAUGAUUUCAAAUGCUAUGGAUCUUGUCCAUGAGAACAGUAUCUUUGCAAUCUCAUUACUUCAGAAUCGAUUUGAUCAAUCGUCGAAAUUAAUGUUCCUCAUAUCGACUUUAUUUGAUCCUCGAUAUGCUUUUCUUUUCUAUGCUCCAAUUUUAUAUUCUCUUGACCGUUAUACUGGACGUAAGAUAAUGUGGGUCGCUGUUAUCUCCGAAUGGUCAAAUCAGAUAUUAAAAUGGAUUCUCCAUGGUGAAAGGCCUUACUGGUGGAUCCAUGAAACCUCAGUUUAUAAUAAGACAGGUUUACCUGAUGUACAACAAUUUGUGAUCACCUGUGAAACUGGACCUGGAUCACCUUCAGGUCAUUCAAUGGUUACCGCUUCCGUUUGGUAUAUUCUGAUUGAAGCUUGGCUACGACAUCGUUCAGUUGAUUCAACUAAAAGCAAUUUAACCGCCAAAUUGGCCUGGUCAUUUUAUACCAUCAUUUUGGCUGUUGUUUCACUUUCACGUGUUUACAUUGCUGCUCAUUUUCCUCAUCAAUGUUUCCUUGGGGGCAUAAUUGGUGUUGCCGUUGCCAUGAUUAUCAGUAAUCUAGAUACAGAUUCACUUUCACGUCGUGGCUAUUUAACUGGUGGUUUCGGCCUUUUUGCCUCGGCCAUGGCCACUUAUGUUUCCCUUAGAGCCUUAGGUGUUGAUCCAAUGUGGUCGGUUGAUCGGGCACUUAAAUGGUGCGCUAAACGGGAAUAUGUUCACCUUGAUACAACUCCUUUCUUUUCAAUUAUGAGAUAUGUUGGCUUCUUUAUCGGUAUGGGAUUAGGAUUAACCUCAUCUUACUCUAAAUCGGCGUCAAAGGUUAAAUUUACUCUGGGAAUGAAAAUUUUAUCCACAAUUUUGGCCUUCGCUGUUUGUAAAGCUUCAGAAUACAUUAAGAUACCAAUGAUUAGUCAACUUUUCUUCUAUUCAAGUGCUCUUCUAAUCAAUAUCAUCUUACCUUAUACAUUUGUCGCUCUUAUCCCUUACAUGGUUAGCAAAUUAUCAGUGAAAGGGAAAACCAAAUCAAAAUAAAUCAUCAUCAUCAUAAUUAUCAUUUCCAUCAAGAUUCGUUUACGUAUCAACAAAAUUAUCAUUGUGAUUCCAAAAGAAGAAGAAAAAAACAAAACUAUUUAUAUUUAUUAUCAUGAAAAUCUCUCUCUCUCUCUAUUUAGAAAAUGAUAUAAUCGAAAUUAAAAUUCAUCUCUAAUCAUCCUCAUCACUUUUCAUCAACAACGAAAACACCGAAAAGGAUAACAACCUAAUCCUCGAGUUUAUAAUUUUUCGAAUUAUUUUUUCCUCUUCCAAAACUCUAAAAUUGUACAAUUUGUGAAUUACUAUUCAUCUAUAAUAGUUCUAAAAUCUAUUGUUAAACACCAUUGAUUGUGUUCAAUUACAAUCAUUAAAAAUUUCAAAAACCAAAACAAAAAACAAUCAAAAAUUGAAAAUAAAAAUUUAAAAUAAACAAAAA